GUAGGGGCGUGACCCGGGCGCCUCCUCACCGUAGCCCGCCUCUAUGACCAUAUAUGGACAGUGACGUCAUGGCGGGGCAUACCCGCCUCCUGCCCCAUGCCCAUAUAUGGCAAGCGAGGGUGUCCCUGCUGCUAAACCCGCCCCAUGCCCAUAUAUGGCAAGUGAUGUCAUGGCAGGUGGACACGCCCCCAGUCCCUCCUCUGUUCCCCGUCCCCUAUGACUAUAUAUGGGUACUGGGGGUGCACUGCUUUCAUCCCUGUCCCAUGACUAUAUAUGGGCAAUGACAUCACAACAGGUGAGCACACCCCACCCCUCCUCCAGACGCCGUUCUAUUACCAUAUAUGGGCAGUGACGUCAAGGCGGGAGCAGGAUUCCCCCUUCGUCUCCCGCCCCACUUGACCACGCCCCGCCUCGCCAUCCCCUGCCCCAUGACCACAUAUGGUCGAUGACGUCACGACGGGACUUCAGCCACGCCCCAUCCCUUCACUCCUCACCACGUGACCCCGCCUUCUCACCAUUAACCACCUCAUGACCAUAUAUUGGCAGUGAUGUCACGUGGGGCCGGCCCGCCCCUUCCCCGCCUUUUCCCCGCCCACCACUCCCCAGGUAACCCCGCCCCACCUCGCCAGCCCGGCCCCUUACGCCCAUAUGUGCGCAGCGAUGUCACAUGGAGUCGAUCCGCCCCUUUUCCCGCCCGCCAGACUCCACGUGACCUCGCCGUUCCCACCUCCAUGCCCACGUAUGGUUCGUGACGUCACGCAGCACCUCCUUCCCCUCCCAUCACGUGAUUCCCCCGCCAUGUCCCGUGCGGCGCGCGCUGCGCGCUCGGUGCGAUCGAGCCCCGGGGCCGCCCCCGCGCCCCCCCCCGAGCGGCCGCUGCGGCUCCUGAUCCCCGCGGGGGGGGCGGCCCCGGGGCCGCCGCUGGGGCCCGUGCUGGGGCAGCGCGGGAUCCCCAUCGGCGCCUUCUGCCAAGACUUCAACACCCGCUCGAAGGAUGUGAAACCCGGUGUCCCCCUGCGUGUGCAGCUGCUCGUGCGUCCCGACCGCAGUUACGAGCUGACCAUUGGGACCCCCCCCACCUCCUAUUUCCUCAAAGCCAUCGCGGGUGUCACUAAGGGGGCGUCGAGGCCCGGUCACGAGGAGGUGGGGGUGGUGUCCCUGAAGCACCUGUACGAGGUGGCAGUGGCCAAAGCCCGGGACCCCGCGGUGGCAGCGCGAGCCACCCCCCUGCCCACCCUGCUGGGGGCGCUGCUGGGCUCUGCCCGCAGCCUCGGUCUGCGUGUUCUGCCCCGGGUGACUCCCGAGGAUGUGGCCGAGCUGCAGCGCCAGCGCCGCGAGCUGGAGGCGGCGGCUGAGGAGGAGGGGGGGGCCGGAGGGGGGGCGAAAAAAAAGUGACCUUGGACCUCGCCCCCCGAAUUCAACCCCCCCCCCCC